AUGUUUCAAGAAGUAGACGAAUCGUCUCGUCGCGAAAAGUGCUUCACAACCAUCACUCAGCUGCCGACGUUCAUCAACCCAAAGCAGGUCCCAAGCAAGAGAUCGCCCUUUUCAACGAUUCAAAAUCAUGCAUUUGUACACUCAGUCGAGGUUAUCCUGCCAAAGGAGUUCUACUCACAGAUCAAGCCGUCGCUCGAGACUAAACUAGAAAAACCUCGAUAUGCACGAGUCUUCAUGACUCCUUCGGCUCUGCUUGAGCAUGACUUCUUCAACACAUACAUCAAGUCAGGGAAUAUUUUGAUGAUCUCCGAAGGACGCUCGGGAUCCGAUAAUGUCUUCACACUCAAAGACGGCGUACUUCGAAUCGAACUAGGAAAGGAGAUAUAUGAGCGAACAGGUCUCACUGGCAAGCCUUUCCGCAGCGGCGGCAGAAAACAUGCAAAAGAAAGAUUCUUGGUAGAAUUGAACUUACGGCUGCCCUCGAUGCUGCAUGGCAAGAAGGGCUUCGAAAGAAUUGUAUGGGCAUUCACCAAUGUUCUGACUCAAUCACUGGCCUGGCUCUUCCACGACCUGGAAAGCAACCCUGGUCCGGGUGAAGGUGAUCAUGCCUCCGAACCCAAAAAAGGAAAUAGUAGCAAGAAUAUACUAAAAGUCGGAGCAGGAAACAAGCCGAUCGACAAGGUUCAACCACAGUUGAUAACCUGCGAGCCACAGGAAAUUGCUCACGAGCAAAUAAUCACUCCGCCGUUUUACGAAAACGGGAAAGUACUCGAGAAUAUGUCGGAAGAUGAUCUGCAGGAAUAUUGUGGCUCCCUAUCCGAAUGGAUUGCCAUGGUUCAGAUGGCUUCUCCGCGGUUGUCUGGGGAAGAUGACGUCGAUCCGUACCUUAGUCGGUAUGCGGCUCCAGACGCAGAGGAAGGCCAGGCCUCUGAUUUGAUGAGCUUAAAAUGGCAUGGUUUGAUAUCGUCCCGUUGGACUAUGCAGCUGUUCCUCAAUAUGUUGCAAAACACCAAGGCCAGCUGGUUUGCACUUGCCGUCGCUACUUUAGGUAAAGAAGCCGUGGAAGGAAGGGACGGAUUCAUGGUUAUAGUCCUUCCUAGUGGACAGUCUAGUGCACAGUCUAGUGAAUCUAGCCAGACGUCUCAGGUGAAGGACGAAGGAACCGUGGGAACUGGCCGGGUUACUUUCUGUUGGGAGUUGAUGGGAGCAUCAGUGACCGAGCCCUGA